AUGCUUGCAGGUCGGUCUGGUGUAUAUGUUCAACCUCAUCGUCGGGACGGGAGCCUUAACCAUGCCAAAGGCCUUUGCGACCGCGGGGUGGCUCGUGAGCCUCGUCCUCCUCAUGUUCCUGGGCUUCAUGAGCUAUAUGACUACCACCUUUGUGGUAGAAGCCAUGGCUGCUGCAAAUGCCCAGCUGCGAUGGAAGAGGAUGGAAAAGCGCAAGGAAGAUGAUGAGGAGGAUGAGGAUUCCUCCUCUGGAGUAUCUGACAGCGAUGUUCUCCUCCAGGAUGGCUACGAGCGAGCGGAGACGCGGCCUAUCCUUUCAGUUCAGAGACGUGGUUCACCCAAUAUCUUUGAAAUCACUGAAAGGGUGGAAAUGGGUCAGAUGGCUUCCAUGUUCUUCAAUAAAGUGGGUGUCAACCUCUUCUAUUUCUGCAUCAUUGUCUACCUCUACGGGGACCUGGCGAUCUACGCGGCGGCGGUGCCGGUCUCUCUCAUGCAGGUGACCUGUAGUGCCACUGGCAACCAUUCCUGCAGUGUUGGAGAUGGCACCAAGUAUAACGACACAGAUAAGUGCUGGGGGCCGAUUCGACGGAUUGAUGCCUACAGACUCUACCUGGCAGCAUUCACUCUUCUCCUGGGUCCUUUCACCUUCUUCAAUGUGCAGAAGACAAAGUAUCUACAGAUUAUGACCUCCCUGAUGAGAUGGAUAGCGUUCAUCCUCAUGAUCAUCCUGGCGCUCAUCCGCAUCAGCCGAGGCCAAGCAGAGGGCCACCCGUCCGUGGCGCAGCUGUCGGGCAUCCGCAACCUCUUUGGGGUGUGUGUGUACUCCUUCAUGUGCCAGCACUCGCUGCCGUCGCUCAUCACCCCCAUCUCCAAGAAGAGGCACGUCAACAAGCUCGUGCUGCUCGAUUACGUCCUCAUCCUGGCCUUCUACAGCCUGCUGUCCUUCACCGCCAUUUACUGCUUCCGCAACGACACCCUCAUGGACAUGUACACGCUCAACUUCACCAACUGUCAGAUCAUCAACGUCGCCUUCGUUCGCUACUUCUUGGGCCUCUUCCCGGUCUUCACCAUCAGCACCAACUUCCCCAUCAUCGCCGUGACCCUGCGCAACAACUGGAAGACCCUUUUCCACAGGGAAGGGGGGACGUACCCCUGGGUGGUGGACAGGAUUGUCUUUCCUGCCAUCACGUUGGUUCCCCCCGUGCUGGUGGCUUUCUGCACGCACGAUCUGGAGUCCUUGGUGGGGAUCACGGGGGCCUACGCUGGGAACGGGAUCCAGUACCUCAUUCCCGCUUUCCUGGCGUACUGUAGCCGCAAGGACACUCAGCUGGUGUUCGGCAGCGGGACUGUGAACAAGCACCUGUCCCCGUUCCGGCACACCUUCUGGAUUGUGUUUGUGCUCAUCUGGGGCUUCUCCUGCUUCGUGUUUGUGACUGCAAACAUCGUCCUGAGCGAGUCGAAGCUCUGA